AUGGAAAAUGUGGAGGCACCCGUUACCGGAAGCAGUUCGAGGGAAAGUGGCUCGCGCAAUGUGUGCUUCACAGCUACAGUGAAAGGAGGUAUCAAAACGGAAGGAUGGUUGAUUGACAGUGGCAGUUCGAUGCACAUGACAGGGAAAAUUGAACAACUGAAGGAUGUAGUACCGUGUAAUAAAGGCGUUUUCUUGGCUGAUGGCAAGAUGGCGUCGGUUAGAGCUACCGGAACCUGUGAAUUCUCGAAACGAGGAGUGACUGGCGAGAAGAUUGACGUGAAAUUGAAAAACGUUCUCUAUGUACCCGGACUUGCAGCUAACGUAAUGUCGGUGAGCCGUAUGGUUGAUGCGGGAUACAACAUUUCUUUCGGACAUGAACUUUGCAUGGUUCUGGACGGAGCUGAAGCUGUAUUUGUUGGAAAACGACCAGGAGAAGGAUACUGGAUUCAGGAGGAGUAG